CUCACUUGGUCUUCUCUCAUUUCUUCCUUUCAAAUCAAACAGUUGCAAGUGAGACUCACAAUUUCUUACAGCGGAAACCAAAAUCAAUUAUAUUUCCUCUUUGUUUUGGUUCAAUGCUAUUGCCACCGACUCAUGUUAUUCUUAAUCUUAUAGUUAGGGUUUUUUCCGUCCUCUGAAUCUCACACUACUUCAUUGCAAUGAAUCCGAUUCCUUUUCAAUCUGCACCACCACCGCCUCCUUCAUGGUUUCCGAUGUUACCCUCCGAACCACCAAAUUCAACUUCCUUCUGGGAGAACAGAAAUGUCUGCGAUCGCCUCAGUGAAUUGCAACACACGCUUAGUCUCGCAAAUGCAAUGCAGAAGGAGUUAGAGAUGUUGCUGAUGAUCAAAGAUGGUAAAGGGUCUUUAGAAGAUGUAAAACAUGGUUCAAAUGAACCUCGUCUUUCUGAUUUUCUAAAAUGUUUAGAAGACGGAAGGGUUAGUGUAGAAUCCCAAGAGUCAUUGGCUGUGGAAGCAGCAAAUUCUUUGAUGUCAAAGCUAAGAUCUCAAUUAGAACCAUUUCGAUAUGUUGUCGAUGAAGCGAGUCCCUGGGAGGAGAAAUCUGCUGCGGUUAAGCUUGCAAAUAAAGUGAAUAAGUCUAAGCGGAAUAAACUAUGGAGGAAGAAAAAGAGGAAGCGUGUCGCUGAGAUGCUGGCUAAGGAGCGUGAGCAAUUUGAUCAAAUGGACCGAGAAGCUGAUGAAUGGAUUGCUAGGGAGAAUGCCAAGGAAAUUGCUAACAGCAAGGUACUGAAGAUGAAAGAAAUUGCAAAGUCUAAAGCCAAAGAAGAGAAGAAGAAACUAGCAGCUGAGCUUGAGCUGCUCUUGGUGGUGGAGAAGCUUCAAGAGUUACGCUCCAUAAGAAUAGAAAAGUUGAAAAAACAAGGCCAUUUUCUCCCAGAGGAGGACGACAAGUUUCUUGAGAGGGUUCAAGCUGCAGUGGAAGAAGAGGAGCGUGAAGCUUUGGCUGCUGUUGAAACAGAUGCUGCUAAGGAUGCAAUUGCAACUGCUGAGGAAUCCAGGAAAGCUAUUCAGAAUCAAGGGAAACUCCAAAAAGGAAGCAAUGAUGAUAGUGAAGUAAAGGAGAGCAAAGAGCAAAUAGUUCACAGUGUGGCCGAUGAGGGAUCUGAUGCAGUUGACAAGAAGAAAUCUAGUAAAAUAGGACAGAUCUGUGGAGGAGCAUAUGAUCCUUUAGCAAAUUUACCCAUCGAAUUCUACCAUUAUUAUCAUGGAAGCAACAAUGAUAUGGGCACACUUAUUGAGGUAAGAAGAGGAUGGGAUGCCUAUAUCAGACCAGGAGGAAGCCGCAUACCAGGGCACUGGGUUCAGCCUCCUCCUCCGGCUAAUGAGAUUUGGGCAUCUUACUUGGUGAGGCCUAAAUGAUGAGUUAACAAAUCAACAGUUUUGCACAAAGAUGUCAUGCACUCAACUUUUAAGGGUUUGAACUAUGUUCCUCGCCAACCUCAGCGCAGCAUGUUUAUAUUAAUUAUUCAUGUAUUCAUCCAGUGUUAAGUUCAGAUGUUGAUAAUCAUUAUUGUCAAAUGUACAUGUUGAUAAAGAAGAAAGAAAAAAACUGACUCAUUUUUUCAAAAUUACGAUAGAUAUUUACAAUGAA